AUGGUGGUGGAGGGCGACCGGACGCUGCUCGCCGCGAGGCAAGGGGACGUGCAGACUCUCAAAGUGCAAUUAGCGGCAAAAGCGCUCACCAACGACGUCAAGGAUGUGCUCGGAGCCUCGCCCGUCCACCACGCGGCCCGGGCCGGGAAGCUCACCUGCCUGCGUUUCCUGGUGGAGGACGCAGGACUGCCGGGGAACUGCCUGGCGAACAAUGGGGCGAGCCCGGCGCAUGACGCAGCGGCCACAGGCAACCUGGCCUGCUUACAGUGGCUGCUGACCCAGGGAGGAUGUCGGCCAGAGGACAGGGACAGUUCCGGUGCUACUGUCCUCCACCUUGCAUCCCGUUUCAGCCACCACGAGAUCACCGACUGGCUGCUAAAGAGUGGCGAGGUGGAUCCUGGGGCCUCCACCGACACAGGCGCCCUACCUGUUCACUACGCUGCUGCCAAGGGAGACCUGCCCUCUCUCCGACUGUUACUGGGGCACAGCCCAAAUGUUGUCAACUCCCAAACUAAGAAUGGUGCCACACCGCUCUACCUGGCCUGCCAGGAGGGUCAUCUGGAGGUCGUCCAAUACCUGGUCAAGGACUGCGGAGCUGAUCCGAGCAUCAGAGCCAAUGACGGGAUGACGCCUCUGCACGCUGCUGCCCAGAUGGGCCACAACACUGUCAUCGUAUGGCUGAUGAGUUUUACAGAGAUCAGCCUGGCGGACAGGGAUGGUGACGGAGCCACGGCGAUGCACUUUGCAGCCAGUCGUGGUCAUGCAAAGGUGCUCAGCUGGCUGCUGCUGCACGGCGGAGAGAUCGUCACUGACAACUGGGGAGGGACCCCCCUGCAUGACGCUGCAGAAAACGGCGAACUGGAGUGCUGUCAGAUCCUCGUGGUGAACGGGGUGGACCUGGGCAUCAGGGACCAGGACGGCUUCACAGCAGCAGAUCUGGCCGAAUACAACGGCCACUCCCAGUGUGCCAAGUACCUGCGCACUGUGGAGAACAUGAGUGUGGAGCACCGCGUUUUGUCUCGGGACCCGUCGACGGACCUCGAGUACAAGCAGCCGGACUCGGGCCUCUCGUCCCCGAACACCACCAUGCCUCCUACCAGUCAGGCGGCGCACUUUGACAUCGGCUCGCCGUCCAGCUCCCUGUCCAACUACGACUCAGCCAACUCCAGCCAGUCCAGCACUGGGGAGAAGAGAAGCAGCUUAACAAUGUCACGAGGCCCACCGGCUCAGCUGAACACAGUUGCACAUACAGGUGCAUCAGAAUCAGCCAUUUCAGACAUGCAGGCAUACAUGGACAUGCUAAACCCGGACAUCGGCUCCGACGUGCCCAAGAAGAAAGAGAUUCCUGCUGAUGCUGACACCAAGCCCCCACCGCCGCCACCAACGUAUCCACCGCCGCCUCCUCCACAGUCUCCCCCGGUGCCCCCUCCGCCCCCGGCCUACCCAGCGCCGCAACCCCCUCAAGAGCCUUCGUCGGCUGAGUUUCUGAAGGUGAAGAGCAACUUGCGGCAUGUGGAAAGUAAAAAGGAGGUAAGGGCAGUGUUGUUGACUGCUGGAGAAAACCACGACAAAUUACGGCGUGUGGAUUCAAACAGAAAGUCGAGGAGCUUCAGCAAGCAGCCCAGCACUGGGGACUAUUACAAGACCCUGGGCAGCGACACAGUCGAGCGCCGUGGGAGCAAAGGCAUGGCGCCCAACGAGGAGGGUUCGGCGUUACUGGAGGAGCCGACCGACAGUCCCGCCCACAGCCCUGAAAACGGCACCACAGAGGAAUCCGUCCCACCCCCACCUCCGCCUCCUCCGCCGCCUCUUCCCCCCAGCAAUCCGAUGCCAACGCCCCCUCCGCCUCCUCCGCUGCCCCCGGAGACGCACACCUACCAGAACAAUGCCAGUAGCGCCUCCAGCACGCAGCGACGCCCAUCUUCCUCGUCAGGAAGCGGGGAUAUCUCUGCCCUUCAGGCAGAGGGAGGGGCACUUAGGCAGAUGAAGAGCACAAAAUCUUUCAACAUGAUGUCCCCCACUGGCGACAACUCGGAGCUGCUGGCAGAGAUCAAAGCAGGGAAGAGCCUCAAGCCCACACCUCACAGUAAAGGCUACACCACUGUGUUUUCCAACAGCGGACCCACAGGCAACAAUGGAAACUCCACAUCUCCAGAGCCUCCAUCCGCCAGCCCACCAGCCAAACCGUCAUCCCCUCCACCAUCCAACACGCCCAUCACCUCCCCACCCAUCACCCCAAGCCCCAGCCCCAGUCCCACUGGCUCUGGCUCUGGAUCUGCCAGGACCAUGUCCACCUCUGCGAGCUACGAGCAACUGGCCUCCAACUCUGUGAUCAACGGAAACGGCGGCGGCGGCGGCACGGCGAAAGCGGACCCGGGGAGGAAGUCGAGCCUCACAGACGUGGAGACGCUGGUGCCCACUCAUGACGAGCAGGGAAAAGCCAUCCCUGAAUGGAAGAGGCAGGUGAUGGUGCGAAAGCUUCAGGUCAAGAUGCAAGAGGAGGAAGAGCACAAGCGCCAGGCUGAAGAGGAGGCAGCACGCCUGGCAUCGAUGCCGGCCUGGAGGAGGGACAUGAUGAAGAAGAAGAUGGAUGAAGAGAGGGAACAGAAAAGAAAAGCAGAGGAGCAGGCCAAACAGGCGAAGGAGAUAGAGGAGAAGACGGAGCAGGAGCGACUACGGACCAUGGGCUACGAUGAAACCAAACUGGCCCCCUGGCAGCGGCAGAUCCUUCUGAAGAAAGGGGAUGUAGCCAAACAGUGAACUGGACCGCCUCCCCCUCCACUGCCCUGCAGCGCUCUCACAUCUUCCCCAGCACCUCUCCAUCCCCGAAUCCUCCAACCCAACACCGGACAGCCGGGGAGAGCUCGUCUCACUCUUUGGUCUCCAGAAACACAGACCAGCGCUGUGGUUGCUGCUGUCCAUGCAGGCUCUGAGGUUCAUGUUGGGUUAAACACAACAGAAGGAUCCUCCACCUCCCACUGAAAAGUCUCAUGGACACAAACUCUCGGUCCUUUAGCAUUCACGACAGAUCUGACAUGCACUGACUCUCCUUGCUUAAAACAUUUGCUGUAAAUGCAUGUGUCCUGAACUAAAUUAUCUUUAUCUGCUUUCCUACAAAUCACUAGAAAACAUAUGAAAUAGAAAUAUUUCAAACAGUAGUUUUAAGAGGCUUGUGAUAGAUUAAAAGAGGCUACUUGUGAGCAUUUUUUGCCAUGAGGAAAAUGCUUGUUAUUGCAUUUCUAUCGUCCCUUUACUAGCCUCACUCACAGUUAUGUAAUGAACGGAGACGUAGCUCCAACGAUUGUCAUCCGAAGGUGACGUACUCAGCAAAGGCUUGUUGCAUCAUGAAGCAGCUAAUGCAUUCUGUAUGUAGAUA